UUUGAAUGUCUGUACAACGAAAAGUCUAGGUGAUUAUUAAUUAUAACACUAAUCACAGCAUGCAGUAUUAUUUGUAUUUUCUGCUUUAUCCAACAAACUAUAUGUGUACAGCACAAUAGGCUUAGAUUUAGAAUACUGUAAUCCACUUGUGAAAGUGAACGCCUUUUCUGUCUAUUGUAUUUCAGGAUUCAGUGAAAAUGUGCACAUACGUACGUGAGAACAUGUAUCCAUGUUUAUUUAAUGAGUAACAAUGCUAAUAUAUAUUGUACUAUAAUAAUAACAACUGAAUAACACUACACUGGACAGCUUAUUCACCUUUUUAAUAUAUUCAUUGGAUUACACUUAUUUAAUGGAAGUGGAUACAUACUCAUUAUCUGUUGAACAGUUAUUAACUUGAAAUUAUUCAAUAGACAGUGUACACGUUUCAAUUUUUUAUGCAAUAAGCAGAAAAGUAAAGUGAAACGUACACAUACAUGAAAACAUAUCUACACACAGAUACGCAUAAACUGAGUUAUGUAUACUCUGUCUGUAUUAGUAGUAGUAUAAGUAGUAUCAUCAUAGAUUUUUCUUCCACAUAUGUAUACACUUAUUUAAAGCUCAAAAACACCACAUAAACUUUAUUAGAAAUCAUUAUAGUAAUUAUAAAGUGUUUAAUCAAAUCAACAUUCGGUCUACCAAGUACUUCACAUUGAAAGUUUCUCAUUUCAACGUAAGUUUAACAAUAAAAACAACAAUGAAAAUUUAGUUCAUUUUUGUAUUCUGAUGCAUAUUGAGUCUUGUCAUUAAUAAUUUUUUUUUUUUUAAAAUGGAUGUUUUCACGAUUUACCAUUAGUCGAGUUUUUCUCGUCUCCUUUUUCUUUUCUUUUCUGGUUUGUUUACAAAAUGACCUGUACCACUAUCAAACUGAUCAAACAAUCAACCCUAUUUUUGUUCACCAACAUCAAAUAAACAACUAUAAAAACAACAAUAAACGAACAUUUAACAAUAUACUUAAAUUCAAAUAAAUUUCAUACCUAUAAAUUUGUAGAUCUUUAGUUGCUGUGAUUGUCCAAAGAUGCAUGUGAAAUGUCGUAAGGAGAUUGAACAACACCAACAGUUGAUUGCAGAACUACAAGAACAGUUAGUUGCUAAAAAUAAACGAAUCUCUGAGUUGACAAGUUUACUGGAUAAAUAUCAAAGUGUAUUCAGUUUGUCAAGUUCACUAUCUACGCCUACUGCAGUCGUUAAAACACAACAACAAUCAUCUCACAUGGAUGCGAGUAAUGCAUUAUUCGGAUUUGGUGGAAGUGUGCCACCACAUGGUAAUGAUUUAACUGUUCAAACAAGAAAACGUGGUAUCGGGAUAUCGGCUGAACCGCAGAAUGAAGAUGAAAUACAAUCGAAAGAGCUUAAAUCACAUCCAAAAUCAGAAAAUGUCAGGAAGCUUAUUAAAGGUGCUAUUAUGGAGAAUGAUUUCAUGAAUCAUAUUGCAUUGAGUCAACUUAGUGAACUUAUUGAUUGCAUGUAUAGUAUUGAGUUUACUGCUGAAGAAGUGAUCAUCAGUGAAGGCGAUUUUGGCUCAUUGGUCUAUGUAUUAGCUGAGGGACAACUGGAAAUUUCAAAAGAUGGCCGGAAACUCAGAGUUCUAGAUCGUCCAACAGUAUUGGGUGAAUUGGCUGUUCUCUAUAACUGUACAAGAACUGCAAGCGUUAAAGCUCUCACAAAUGGAAUACUUUGGGCCAUCGAUCGAGUAUCAUUUCAAACUAUAUUAAUGAGAAAUCACUUACAGAAACACAAUGAUUACAUAACAUUUCUUAAAAGUGUACCAACCUUCAGUAAUUUACCAGAUGGAACAAUAUCAAAACUAGCUGAUCAACUCAAUGAGGUAACCUAUCGUCCAAAUGAAUACAUUAUACGUCAAGGUGCAAGAGGAGAUAACUUUUAUAUCAUAGCUGAUGGUCACGUGAAGGUAACAAUUUAUCCAACAUCAGAAAAUGGAACGAUUGACCGUUCGAAAGAACCUCAGUUUGUUCGAACACUAGGAAGAGGUGAAUGGUUCGGUGAAAAGGCUUUAACCGGUGAUAACUUACGCACAGCCAAUAUAAUUGCAACUGGAGAUGAAGCAGUAACAUGUCUCUCUUUAGAUCUUGAAUCAUACAAUCUACUGAUUGGGGAUCUGGAUGGAUUGAAGCGACGCUAUUCUCAAGUAAAGCCAGAAGAAAUAAAAUUAGGAGAAUUUAAAACAGAAUAUCAAAAUAUACAAUUAGAUGAUUUACAAAUUAUUUCUACUUUGGGUGCUGGAGGAUUCGGUCGUGUUGAACUUGUCUGUGUAGAUGGUGAUAAGACAAAAACAUAUGCUUUGAAAAAAAUGAAAAAACAGCAUAUAGUUGAAACUAAACAGGAGGAACAUGUGAUGAAUGAACGUAAUAUCAUGCUACAUACUGACUCCCCUUUCAUUGUACGAUUAUGUAAAACAUUCAAAGACAAAAAAUAUCUUUAUCUACUUCUUGAAGUAUGUCUGGGUGGUGAACUGUGGUCACUGUUAAAAGAAAAGUACUUUUUCUCUGAGGAAGCAACACAAUUCUAUGUGGCAUGUGUUGUCGAAGCGUUGGAUUAUUUGCACAGGAAAAAUAUUAUCUAUCGUGAUUUGAAACCAGAAAAUAUUAUUCUGGAUACACAAGGAUACUGUAAACUAACAGACCUUGGAUUCGCUAAGCAAUUACCAUAUGGAGCUAAAACCUGGACAUUUUGUGGAACACCAGAAUAUAUGGCACCAGAAGUUAUACUGAACAAGGGUCAUGAUGCUGCUGUAGACCACUGGUCACUAGGUGUUUUGUUGUUUGAAUUAUUGACAGGACUACCGCCGUUUGAAUCACCAGAUACAAUGCGUACAUAUGGAAUAAUACUUAAAGGGAUAGAUGCUGUCAAUUUUCCAACGAAGAUGUCUAAGAACGCUCAAUGUUUGGUUAAAAAACUUUGUCGUGAAAAUCCAGCUGAGCGAUAUGGUGUGGGCAAAGAUGGACUACGAGAAAUUGAAAAACAUGUAUGGUUUGAAGGGUUUGACUGGGUUGGAUUACGCAAACGCGCCUUAAAAGCACCCCAUGAAAGACAGGUAACAUCACAGAGUGAUCUACGACAUUUUGAUGCGUACCCAGAAGAAACAGAGGAACCAGAAGAUGAGAUAUCCGGAUGGGAUGAGUCAUUUUAGCUGGAUAUAAGUUCAGUAGGACAGAAAAUAGACAACAAUGAACUGAAUAUUUUUUUCGUGAUGUAUUUUAUACCCUCUUUAUAGGCGACGAGAAAAAUAAACUAUCUUCCACACAUUUAUACAUAUACAUUAAACCUUUACAUACAUUAUGCCUGCUAACUAUCCUUUUACCGUUAAUUAAAAUAUUUUGCUGAAAUCAUAAAAGGAGUGAUGUAAGUGAGUGUCCGUAACUAAGCUACGAAAUAUUUCUUGACCAAUGAACAAAUAAGUAACUUCAAGGAAGACCUUUUGUGGUAAUUCAUUAUGUUGUUCUCUACACUUGGUUAGAUGGAAUCUAAGAGGAUACGCUACAUUGCUAAGUGGAUAUUUAGGAAACAAUGUCAAUACAAAACAUCCACGAACAUGAUGUUUGAAGUCAGAAAAGAUAAACUAACUCUAACUUAGUUAUAUGUAUGUGGAAACCAGCCUACCAAGGGGCUAGUGAAACUUUGAUUCUCGUCAUCAUUCUGAUUUUUCAUCGUUUAUCAUAGCAGAGGUUUUUGAAUUUAUAUUGUGAUCGUCUCCUUGAUAGAGCUUUUUAUGGCGAAGUCUAGCAUUUGGUUGCUUUGGGGGGGUAAUAAUUAUUUGCAAAAGCUAUUAUAUCAACCAUAUGCAUAAACUCAUAAGCGUUCCACGUUCACAUGUGCACAUUAUGACUUUAAAACUACUAGCAAUAUGUUUUACUCCUAACAUUAUUGAAUGGUCUACAUUUUUUAGUCUCUAUGUCAAACAAUCCUCUGUCUUGUGCUGCAAUUAAUUAACAAAGAAGCGUACUUUUGAGUUUGUAAAACGAGAUUUUCCUCAUUCCAUUAAACUAGGUUAAUUAUUGUUUAAUGAUACUUGUAAUUUCCGUUACCAUACUUGGUCGAAUUGUUCUACUUAUUACAUAAACUAUGAUCAAGAUUUGAUCGUAUAGUAUGGCAAAUAUUGGGCGCUGAGUAAAAGGUUGACAUGAGAUAUAGAAUUGUAUUUGUGUAAAUCACAGCGGGUUUGAAAUCAAAUAAUUCCAACGUUUUGCACGGAAGUCUGGUCUGAGCUUCUUCAGGGAAAUAAUCAAAAUUAAAAUAUCAAGGAUAUAUAAAUGAAUUCAAAAAAGUAUAUUUAAUCUCCUCGUCCAAUCCUCUUAUGGUCAUUGUCUUUCUAAAUUAUGACAAUUAAUCAUUCAGUGU